AUGCGUUGGUGGCCUUGGUCAAAUCAAGCAGAAGAUCAAACGCAGCAGCAACAACAGCAGGAUAGACCGGGUAGUGAUCGUGUGCUGACGAAUUACUCGCGAGGUCAAAAGAUCCUCUUAGAAGACACUCCACCCAAAUUCGCCGAUGAUUUGUCCAAUUCUCAGUUGGCCAAGAAACAAGAACGGGCUACUUUGAAAGAGGCUUGGGACUCGGUCAGAUGGAGCGAUUUUACGUUGCAGAAGCUGACUUCAAUCCCGUGCUUUAGAGACGCGGGCAUGCUCGGGUUCUCUAGUAUGUUCUUGAUGGGGUCCAUAAUAUUUAUAUACCAUAAGAGCCCGACGAAGGCGAUGAAUUGGGCGAUGAGCUCUCUAAUACUGGGGUCGAUUGUUGGAUGGGAACAAUGUAGGCUAAAAAGACAAAAAAGUUUCCAGAUCGCUCAAUUGGCAAAGGAAACUGUGGCGAAAAAGGAAAGACCGAUGCUUCAUAAUGUCCCUCAUGACCCAUCUUUGCCGGGGCAGUGGGAAGCCGCCAAAAAUGAAAAGCAGAGCCAAUUUGAACAAAGUAACCAGAAUUUAUCGCAGGCUUCCUCCGAAAAAAAAUGGUACAAGUUCUGGUGA